AUGGAGACUUUGGGGCAACAGGUAAACAGCAGCGGAGCUGGCCAAACGAAUAAGGCAAAUGAGGCUUUCAUUAAGACCUUGGUGCCCAUCCUGGACGGGCUAAUUCUGGUGACUGGCCUGGUGGGCCAAAUUCUGGUCAUCACCAUUCUCACUGGCAGGAGGAGGAAAGAAAGUCAGCCCCCACAUGGUACAGACACCCUGCUGUUGGCUUUGAGCGCUGCUGACCUGCUGCUGCUGCUCUGCCUGCCCUUCCACACCUCUGCCAUCACUUUGGGCUUCUGGCCUUUCGGCAUCUUCAUGUGCAAGGCCAUCAGCUUCCUGGGUGUGGCCUGCUCAGCUGCGUCAGUCUUCACUCUGGCAGCGUUGGCUGUGACACGGUACCUGACAGUGGUACACCCCACAUGGGCAUACCGCUCAAGAAUGCACCGACACAUAAAGCUAACUGUAGCUCUCCUCUGGAUCCCUGCCUCGGCCUUGGCAGCUCCACAGUUCGCCAUCCGCACAGUUACCACGUCCAGCGCGAUGUACUGCUUCGCCUUCCUGUCUGCCUUCAGUCAGCUGGUCUACAGCACUGCCCUCUUCCUGUUCGGCUUCGCUCUACCGCUGGGCAUCAUUGUACUGAUGUAUGCCAAGAUCUACUGUUUUCUUCGACAUGCACGACUGCUGAGGAAUGCUCCUCAGCUGGAGCGCUACCAGAGCCAGGUCACUCACACUUCAGCUCUCCUGGUCGUGGUCUUCACUCUCCUCUGGCUGCCCUCCUAUGCCCUCAUGUUUUCCUUCAUUGGAGGAACAAUAACAGGCUCACCUGGCUACAAUACCAUUGCCGUCCUGGCGAGACUGUUAGCAUCCUCAGUAGCAGUGGUAAACCCUGUGCUGUAUGGGUUUAUGUCUCAGAAGUUUAGACGAGAGUUAUUAGAGCUGGGCAGGGAACGCUGGGCUUGGUGCAAAAGCUGUCUGACUGGAUGCCCUAAUGUGAUGGGCAGGGACAUGGUACAGCCCUUUGAAUUGGACACAACGUCUGAAAGGGACUAAGACUGACUCUUUUGGCUACCAAGCAUCAGUGACAUUGGUGAGAAUGAAAAAAAUACUAAAAGACAACGUGACCCAAACCAUGGUGUAUUCAACCUGCUGCUGUCUGGGAGGACACAAACAUGUGGUUUGUGUG